UUUUUAACUUCAGUUUGAAGGUUUCCGGUUUAGUUAAUUUAGUUGGUACCACGCAAAUGUAAAAUGACAGCUUCUAGAAUUUGUGGAAACAAUCAAAAAGCACCGGAUUUAUCCCAAAAUCAAAGUGAAAAUUAAGCUAAUUUUAAAAUAAUGGUAGAUUAUAGCAAGUGGAAAAACAUCGAGAUAUCUGAUGAUGAAGAUGAGACUCACCCAAACAUUGAUACACCCUCUCUGUUCAGAUGGCGACACCAGGCCCGCGUAGAGCGUAUGGAAGAAAAGAAAAGAGAAGAAUUAAUCAUCAGGCAGAAGAAGGAAGAUAACAAGCAAAAACUAAAUAAAAUAAAAUCCAAAGUUGUUGAAGCUGAAAAAGAAAAACUACCAAACUUGGACGAACUGAAAAAAAGCCUUGAAGAAGUCGAAAAAGAAGCAGAAAAAAUCAAGCAUGAAGAAGAGGAGUACCAAAAGAAAGAUAAGUUAACUCCGUGGAAUGUUGAUACUAUCAGCAAGCCAGGUUUUGCAAAGACAGUGAUAAAUACCAAACCUGCAAGACCUCAGGAUGAAAAUUUGACAGAUGAACAGCGUGAGGCUAGGAUGAAGAAGUUUAUUAAAGAAAACGAGAAGAAAUUGAAGCACUUUGGAAUGUUGAGGCGGUAUGAUGACUCCAAGCAGUAUCUCAGCGAAAAUAAUCACUUGGUUUGCGAGGACACGGCCAAUUAUCUUGUCAUAUUUUGUAUUAAUUUGGAAAUGGACGAGAAACAUGACCUUAUGGAACAUGUAGCCCAUCAGACCAUCUGCAUGCAGUACAUCCUAGAGCUGGCCAAACAACUGGACACAGAUCCACGCGCAUGCGUAAACGCCUUCUUCUCCAAAAUCCAAGUUGCAGAAAAAGAGUACAAAGACUCGUUUGAAGACGAACUGAAACAGUUUAAGGAAAGAAUUAGGAAGAGAGCUGCUGAAAAAAUUGAAGAAGCCAUCAAAGAAGCCGAAGAAGAAGAAAGACUGCAGAGGUUAGGUCCAGGAGGUUUAGAUCCUGCUGAUGUGUUUGAAAGCCUCCCUGAUGAGCUGAAGAAAUGUUUUGAGAGUCAGGAUAUUGCUCUACUGCAGGAAACGAUUGCUAAAAUGGAUGAAGAGCAGGCUAAAUAUCACAUGAAACGUUGUGUGGAUUCAGGUCUGUGGGUUCCUGAUGGUGGCAAGAAGGCAGAAGCUGUAGAACCUUCAGAGAAAGUAGAAGAAAAAGAAAAGGAAGAAAGUUCAUAAUUUGGGUUCAUUUUUAUUGUAAUAUUGUCUAUAUUCUGCAAAUCAAGCCACCAUUAAAUGAUUUCAUGCUUGCUUUCAAUAGUCUUUUAGUAGGUUUUCAAUUUUUAACCAAAAGGUUUAUACUGAUGGUGCUUUUGGUUUGCCAAACAAAAAUUAGUGAUAAGUUGAUGUAUAAAAACAAAAUUUAUUUUUUUUGGUAUCAUUUAUUAAUAAAUGUACAA